AUGGCGAAGAAAGUAGAAAAUGGUGACAGAAAAAAGAUGGUAAGGUCUAAACCAACGACAAUAGACCAAGAGCAUACCACAGUGGUGGAGAAUGCUCAUGCCGCUGACGAUGACGAGGAUCGGCCGUUCAUGGUGCGCGUGCUGACAGUAGGCGUGUCGUCGUAUCUGGCUCAAAAAGUCUGGAUAAAGAGAAAGAUGCUGACAGACGGUUGGCAUCGUCAUAAACAAAAUGGCAAAAUGGGUCAAGAAGGAGCAACAAAAAGGAUCAAAAAGGGGAAAAUAAGGGUCUGUCCGGAUAACAAAUAUGAGAGACUUGACAAGUAUAAUUAA